AUGCCGCGUUCGAAACCAGCGCAACCGAGGUCGCGAAAGCUCACCAGUAAGCCAGGCAAAAAGGAGCACUCUUCCCCACGACCCGAGCCUAUAGAAGGUGAGGCCCACAAGCAGUUCUCGACUGACAGUCAAUCUAUCCAUAGUUCGUACUCGGAAAGCCGCCUCGAAAGAUUUGCCGUAAAAGCUUCGGCAAUUACAUCACCGCAUAAAAAUAUGCCUAGGAGGAGAGGUUUGAACAGGGCUAUCCUUGCCGAGAAGAAAAUCAAGGAUAAGAGUGAUUCCAAAAGGACCCCUCGUUUAUGUAGGACAGGGUCCGUUGACGGCGAUAAUUUCCCGAGAGACGAAAGUUUUGACACUUCGGAUUGCAAGUCGAGCGCUGGGAGCGAAAGCGGUAAUGACGACAGCUCAGAAAGCGUCACACCAACAAGGCGUUCAAAUCGACAACGUCUACCCAAGCCUGUCAAUUUCAGCCACGAAGACGAAGCCCUAGAAAAGCAUUCGCCCAGAAAGAGAAGACUGGAGCGGCGGCUGUUGGCGAAGCAACGCAAACCCAUGGGAAAGUCAAGCGACCAAGACAAUGUCCUAACGUCUGAAUCUAUACAUAAAAGAAGGCGACCAAUGGUACGCAAGAGUAUCAAGUCCGCAUUUCCAGCAAUUGGGGAGUCAACAAGAAAAGCACUGAAGAACGUGACUUUGUUGGGCCAAAGCAACGUAGAUGCUUCGGUCCCUCCGCAGGCGCGCCGAAGGAGUACAAAACGCACACAGAACGAAGAUGAGGACGACUUUGUGGUAACCUCCGGCGACGAGGAAGAGGGAGAAGAUAUGAAUCACACUCAGUCGGACGACAGUGAGGAUCUGCUUUCUUCAGAUAAUUCCGACCAUUUCCAAACACAGAGCAACCACGGCGUUCACCACGUAGAAAGUGACGGCAUUGGUUCUGCUGACGAAUCGAGUGGCACCGAGGAAAACGAGACGGCCAUAUACUCUUCACCGCAACUCACUUUUAUCUCUCGUGGGGACACCUCAGUAAAACCGAGUCCCUUUCACGAUUCUACCGACGAUAAUUCUGAUGAUUCGUCGAACCAACGCCACCGGUUGUCUCCGCCGAAGUUGCCAAAUUGCACCUCGCGAAGAGAUACUAUAACCGACGAACCGCUUCCAGAGAAGCAUGUUUGCUUUUUCUCACCUGAUAUGGAAAGCAGACAGUGUUUUUGCCUUGCAACUCUACGGAAAAUCGCUCUUAGUGCGAGUCGUCCAAAGUAUCGAACAGACCAAACCGGCACUGAGAGGCAGACAUUUCUUCAGCCGCCUCAUUUUCGUACCGCCAUGUCUGAUGACCUUCUGGAUCAAAUUGCAUCGCGUUUUGGCCGUGAAGCACUUGAUUUGUACGGCUCUUUCUACGUCCAGAGAAACACUCGUGACAUCGCAGAAAAGGAGGACGCCGGCACUUUUGAAGAGCGGUCCCAACAGGAUGAGGAAGGCUUUUUAAACCUCGUCCGGACUACCGACGGACUGCUCCAACGUUACAUUAAGAAUACGAGUUACCGUACCUUUCAAGGACAGCUCAAGAAUUAUUGGUUUGAUGGAAACAACGAAAGUUUCGUCUACCUGCUGAGUCUUUUGCAUAAAGCAGGUCGGGCACGGGAACUCGUCAAGCAGCAGGAUCAUUCUGAUUUUGACGAUGCGUGCCAGUACAUUGAGCCUGCUGUGAAAUUUUUUCAUAGCUUUGCCGAUCACGCUUUGGAGCUUUGGGAUUUGAUAUCUGGUCCUUACGCUCGCGACGAUGAAGAGGAUAUGGGCGAUUUUCUUGAUGAAUCGAAUGCCGACGAUAGCGACGGAGGCCACCGUGCAUUGGCAAUGGAAGAGGCACGACAGGAAAUGGAAAUUGAUCAGCAUCUGAUUGAGCGGUACACGCAGCUGGAAGAGACAGAGUCGGACAGGAGCGUAGAUACGUAUGAAUCCGAUGUAGCCAACGGCGGCGUUUUCGAAGAGUCUUCCGAAGAAGAAGAUGAGUGGGAGCAGGCCAUAAAGGACCGCCGGGCUUCGUUUGGUGCGCGUAGCGACCGGGCAAAGUUAGCAAGCGGGCGCAAGAGCUCAGACACUGGCGAGUUGGAAAGGGGACAUCGCCUCCACAAGAAGGCCAUGAAGGACAGCUCCUCUGACGAGGAGUUCAAAGCUGCUGAUAGCCAAUUGAACGUCCGUGCUUUGAGAUCUGGAUUGACUCCUCGACGUCUCGCCAUUGAAGAUAGCGAGGACGAGUAA